AUGUUUAAUACCAAAAUAUUUGAUAAUAAUAACCAACAACAAACCCCAUCGAUCAAUAUUCCUGAUAAUACACAACCUAUUGAUAUAACAUACCAAAGAUCAUCAAUAUUUAAUAAUUCCAGGUUUAGAAGAGAGAGUUUAGCCCAUUCUCAAGGAAUGGGAGGUGUUAGUUGGGGAUCAAUAACUAUUGGAUCAUGGUUAAAAGAUGAAGUUAUGAUGUUAAAUCACAAUAAUAAUCAACAAAACUUGAAUCCUAAUGCGGUAAUGAAUCAUCAAAAUUUGAAUCAAAAUCAUGGACAUUUUAAUAUAAGGAGAGGUAGUUUUAGGGUUAAUAAUAAUUUUAAUCAUAAUAAUCUUAAUUCCGUUGCAUUAUCACCACCACAAACUUCAUAUUUACCUAAUUUGGAGGCAGAUUAUUGUAAAGAUUAUAGUUGUUGUGGACAAUUAUUACCAACAUUACAUGAUUUAUUGAGACAUUAUGAAGAAGCUCAUAUUAAUUUAAGUCCACCAACUGAUAAUACUAAUCAUUUAUUGAAUAGUAAUAGAAAUAGGAAUUUGAAUAAUAUUCAUAAUAUCUUGGAAACUGUAUCAACAACUGAUGUAUUUCUUAAUAAUCAACAACAACAGCAACAACAAAUACAGCAGCAACAAUUACAACAACAACAGCAACAAGUACAGCAGCAAGUACAACAACAACCUAGAAACUCCCAACCACAAUUUGAUUCCAAAUCUCCUUCAAUGAAUCAAUUUAACUUACAACAACAUACUCCUCAAACUCCUCAACAAUUAUCUCAAACCCCAUCUGAAUCAGGAUCUCCAAUGGAUGAAGAUGAUUUGAUGUAUAUUGAUGAUCCUUCAAGACAUUUGUAUGUCAUGGAGAAUAAUGAAGAUAAACCUUUCAAAUGUCCAGUUAUUGGAUGUGAUAAGAAUUAUAAGAAUCAGAAUGGGUUAAAGUAUCAUAGAUUACAUGGACAUCAAAAUCAAACAUUACAAGAGAAUCCUGAUGGGACGAUAUCGGUGAUUGAUCCUGAGAGUAAUACUCCAUAUUUGGAUGCUUCGGCUUUGGAGAAGGAUAAACCGUAUAGAUGUGAAGUGUGUGGGAAGAGAUAUAAGAAUUUGAAUGGGUUGAAGUAUCAUAGGGGACAUACCACGCAUUAG